AUGUGCAUCGCAAUUGUCACGACUGAGCACCCUGAGUAUCCGUUGAUCAUCCUCAACAACCGCGAUGAAUACCUUCACCGACCUACACAAGAGGCGGAUUGGUGGCCUGCACCAGAUGACCAAGUUUUGGGCGGCUACGACCUGCAUCGACCGGCUCACGGCACGUGGCUGGGAAUAACGCGGCAAGGCCGCAUCGCAGUCCUAACCAACUACCGCGAAGAGAACGAAGACAUUAUCCAAGGUGCUCGAAGUCGAGGUCUCAUCCCCAAUGCUUGGUUAAAGUCGGACCCUGAAGCUAGAGAAUCUACCGAAGCAUUCGAGAAGCGCAUGAUCGAGGAAGACGGCGUCAAGGGAGUUGGUGGCUUCAGUCUGCUGUACGGCUUCGUCCAAGACGUUGUGAAGAGAUCAGAGAAGGGUCUCGGAAUUAUCUCCAACCGGACUCCUGAUGUCCACGGCGUUGUCCAUCUCGCGAGCCAGCCCGGAGAAACAUAUGCUCUCAGCAAUGCAGCGUACGGCGAUCGAAGCUGGCCGAAAGUCGUCAAUGGUGAGAAGUGGACGAAGGAAGCAAUCGCCCAGAGCAGCAAAUUGAACGAAACACGCGAGCAAUUGGUUCAGCGGCUGUUGGAUGUGCUGAGCACCGACACGAUGCCCAAACAGAAAGAGAACGAGGAAUGGGACAUGUACAUGAAUCAGCUACGCCACACUAUAUUCGUUCCUUCGAUUGGGAGGGACGACCUGGAGGAGCUGAAAAUGCCUGCGCAUGAGAUUGGUGACACGGUCAAGCAGAAAGCUGCUCAUGCGACUGAUGGGGUGUACGGGACGCAGAAGAACAUCAUUAUCAUGGUGGACAAGCAAGGGAAGGUGUAUUUCUUAGAGCGAACACUUUACGAUAGAGAUGCGAAGCCUAUAGAGAUGGGGAAGGGUGAUCGCAGGUUUGAGUAUGAGAUCGAGGGCUGGUAG